AUGAAAAUACUACUAAACCAAACACCCAGGUCAAUUGCUAUUGUAUCAAAUAAACGUGCCCUCUUAAUCCAAGAUCCGUUCUAUCGAAGUCAAAACACUGCAUCCCAUCACAAUAGUAAACAAACGAAAUCAACGGAUCCCAAUUCUCUGAAGCGAUGCGUGGUAGAGUUUGUGGACUCUUGGAAACUUGACCGUAAAAAGUACAUUGAGUUGUCCUCGGUGUAUGAUAUCGAUUGCUUGGGUGUUUUGGGAUUGAUAUCCAUCAACGAUUAUUCUUUUCUUAUCAUCAUCACAAAAGCACUAGAAGUCGGAAGUCCUAGACCUAACGAGAAAAUCUUUCAGAUCCAAGACGUAGAAUUCAUAUGUCUAAACAGUACGGAUUUUGAUUCAAUUUUUUCCCACACAAAGUAUCAAGUAACGGAUCCAACAAGUCAUGAUUCGUCACAUCAUGGUGGCCAUAAAAGGGAUGAUGAUGAUCAAUAUACCUACCCUUUCAAUGUCAUGAAAAAAUCAUUGCUUAAAGGGAACUUUUACUUUGCCAAUAGCUUUGAUUUAACUAAUAGUUUGCAAAACAGAGAUACUUCCAGGUCGGUAUACCAUCAUUCUUUGUUCAACUUCAACAAAAAAUUUCUUUGGAAUAGCUUGUUUAUUGAAGAGCUAACACAAUUCAGAGACCGUUUAGGGAAUACAGAAAGGAAGAUCUUUGAUGAAUGUAGGUUCCUCGGUAUAAUUAUUCGGGGGUUUGUCCAAACAUUGAACAGUACCAUUAAUUUGGAAAAACGUGAAUCAGACAGAAAAUCAAGUGUUAUUCAACAGGAAUCUUUAAUCACAUUGAUCUCUAAAAUCGGCCAUGAUAGAUCGGGGAAAAUCUUUGGAGUGAAUGGUUUGGAUGAUGAAGGAAAUGUGGCCAACUAUAUCGAAUCGGAGGUGAUAUUCUAUAAUGAACACUAUUGCAUUUCUUAUGCCAUUAUUAGGGGAAAUGUUCCAAUUUAUUACGAAAUUGAUAACCAGCAAUCUUCAUCAUUACUCAAGAAAAUUCAAAUCAACAGACCUUUCGAUGCAACGCAGCAGGCUUUUAGAAAACAUUUUGAUUCAUUGAUAAAAUCUUUUGGCGAAAUUCACUUAGUUAACGAGAUUACAUCAUCGAUUGCCAUUGAAGAUAUAGAAAGGAAACCAGCAAAUAAUGGGAAUAAUAAUCAUAAUCUUCUUUCUAAUCACAAAAAGGGAAGAAAUGGAAUCGAGUUUGAUAUAUUCAACAAUUACUACGAACAUUUUCAAAAAUUAGUGGAAAAUCCGAAUUAUAGGGACUUGUUGAAAAUGAACAACUUCAAUUUCUCACUAUCAAAUCUCCAAAGGAACCAAGUUAGCAUAUCACAAAUCAUAUAUGCUGUUGAAGAUUCGAUUUUCAGAUUUGCGGCCCUUUGUUAUGAUAAUAUCAAUAAAAAUCAUGUCAACAAGCAAUCAGGGGUUUUCAGAGUUUGUUCUUUUGAUAUGGCUGAUAAAUGCAAUGAGUUACAAAAAAUAAUUUCCAAGCAGGUGUUAUUGGCAGCUUUAAGAGAUACCUACAGUUAUGUAAUUGAUGUCGAUAAAAGCACGGGAGCAUUGGUUUAUGACACUUUUUUCUCCAAGCUUAAUGAAGAUCUUUGGACAAAAUUGGGCUAUUUAUGGAAUGGUAAUAAUAAUAUAAUCAACAGGAUUUUAUCAAAAUACAACACUGAAUUGAAGCAAGUUAACAAGAAGGGAAAUAUUAUCAAUAAUAACUUUGAUUUACUGAAUGAGUACUUGUCUGAGCCAGUAUUUGAUGAUGAUUCAAUUUCUCAUAGUCCUGAAAAUGGGAGUCUUUUGGUUCCCCCUGCACAAGGAAAAAAGAGGACUAGCUUCUUGAAUAGUUUCACCGAUAUGACCUUGUCGACAUCGAAGAAAUUAUUCAACCUUUCAAAUUAUAAAGAUUGGCUAAAUGAUUUGGAAAAAAGAAAUAACAUUAUUUCUGUGUUUUUAGGUAAAGAGCAAAUUGAUUAUCACGGGAAUGUGAUUAGGAAAAUCACCCUUUAUGAUCCAAUAAAUGAUUACGUUAAUAAUGAAUUGAAGAAAUUGUCUGACAGUUAUUUAUCUGAAAAACAAAUUUCCAUUUUUACGGGUACCUUUAAUGUUAAUGGGACUUGUUAUGAAGGAGAUUUAUCAUCUUGGCUAUUUCCUGAGGCUGAUUAUAAAUUACUGAAUGACGAUGUGGCUGAGGAUUUUGAUACCUCUAAGCAAAUUCAUUAUGAUAAAAUGCCAGAUAUGUUUUAUAUUGGUUUGCAAGAGAUUGUCGAGUUGACUCCUGGGCAAAUCAUGAAUGUCGACAGUACUAAUAGAAAUUUCUGGGAGCGCAAGAUCCUCUUUGAGCUCAAUAAUAAAAUUGAUAACACUAACGGAAAUAAGGGACAAGAUAAAUAUAUUUUGUUAUGGUCGGGCCAUCUUGGUGGGUUAUUGGCAGUGCUUUAUAUUAAAAACUCACAAACUGCAUUUAUCAAGAGAAUUGAAGAAAGUAUGAAGAAAACUGGUUUAGGGGGGAUGGCGGCCAAUAAAGGUGGAAUUGCCGUCAGCGUUCAAUAUUCUGAUACCACUUUUUGUUUUGUGACGUCUCACUUAGCAGCGGGUUUAAACAAUGUUGAGGAACGCCAUCAGAAUUUUAAAAGUUUGAAUACCGGUUUGAGAUUUUCCGGAAAUAAAACAAUACGAUCUCAUGAUAUUAUUAUUUGGCUUGGAGAUUUCAAUUAUAGAAUUGGGUCGACCAAUGAGGAUGUUAGAUCGAGGAUUAGCCGAAGGAAAUAUGGUGAGUUGUUUGAGCUUGAUCAAUUGAAUCAACAAAUGCAAUCGGGAGAUGCAUUCCCAUAUUACCAAGAGUUUGAAAUCAAAUUCAAACCGACGUAUAAAUUCAAUAAGAAUGAAGACACUUAUGACAUUUCUGAAAAGAUGAGAAUUCCUGCGUGGUGUGAUCGGAUUUUGAGUCAAAGCAAGCAAUUGAAACAAUUGACCUAUGGUGCAUGUUUUGAUAUCAUGUUUUCUGAUCAUCGGCCGGUUUUUGGGCUGUUUUUAGCCAAAGCAAUCAUCAUUAAUGAGACAUUGAAAAACAAACUAUCGGGAGAACUAUAUGCCAACCGGAAACGAAAAUUUGGAGACAUUGAUAGUUUUAUUUUAUCUAAUAAUUUGAGUGAUCUAAUGAGAAAGGCAAAUUUCAAUAAUGAGUCAAUUACGGAGCUCCAGCAACCAUCUUCGGACAAAGAUAAAUGGUGGUUCAGUAAUGGAUUGUUAGCCAAGGUGGAAUUAUUUGAAAACAUUCGCAAUGUGAAGGAAUUUGAUGAAAAAUCAGAAGCUGAUCGUGAUGAACUAUUGCAAUCUUUUAUCAAUCUCAAUGGGGAAUUCAAAUAUGAGCCAGGGAUGUAUAUCAAUCCCAAUAGACCGGCCAACCCAUUUGAGUUUACUGAUGAACCGGAUUUCAUUUAUCCUUAA